ACGAAGAAUGAUGACGUAUUUCUCAGUUGUUUCCUGAAUAAGAAUAAUUUAUCCGGUAUCCGGCGGAUAAGAGUUAUCUGGUGGAUAGUGGUGACCGCCGGAUAAUAUAGUUAUCGGUAUCUGGGGGAUCCUUUCAGCUAAAAAUCCUGUGGAAUUUUCCUUUUUUACGAUAAUGAAAGUAAAAGAUCUGAUUAGAGAUCUUCUCAAUGUGGGAGAGAAAGGAGCCAAUGUUGCCAGAAUUAUUAGAUCAGAACACACUUUAUUAGAACUUCUGGUUCAGGAGAAGAUUGGAGAACAGAAAAAUGAACGAUUUGUACAGGACUUUAAAACCUUGGCUGAUGUGUUGGUCCAGCAGAUUGUUUAUCAUGACUUAAGUCAGAAGUUUCCAGGAAUUAAAGACAGUAUCUAUGGAGAAGAGAGUAACAAAUUUACUAAUGCACUAGGGGAAUCUAUCAACGUAGAAAUACUGUCUUCCCCAGCAGAAACAGCUGACCUACUUUGUAAAGUGUUGAAUGGGAAUGAACAGGCAGCAAACUUGUUGGCCAAAGUUGUGCAUGAAGAUGUAUCAUAUUGUCCAGAGGAAAAAAUAGAUAAAAUGAAAAACUUGGAAAUAAAGGAGGAAGACAUAGGAAUAUGGAUUGACCCAAUAGAUUCGACUGCCCAGUACAUUGGAGGGGAAGUUGGGAUUCCAAAUAACCAAGGAUUUGUAAGGAAUGGUUUACAGUGUGCCUGUGUAUUAAUUGGAGUAUACAGUAAACAAACAGGUCUGCCUAUAGGAGGUAUAAUUAACCAACCAUUUGCCUCCCAGGACCCUAAGACAGGAAGGUGGUUGAGCUCCUGUCAGUGGGGACUGAACCUAGAAGGAUGUAGAAUGUUUUCUGUAACAGAUACACCAGAACAUAUAAUCAAUUCACACCAGAUUCUACUGACCAGUGCUAGUGACACAGUAGAGACCAAAGAUAAAUUCAGUCAAGUUUAUACCAUUCAUCAUGCAGCCGGAGCAGGAUACAAGCUUCUCUGUGUCAUUCAGGGUCUUGCAGAUGCUUAUGUUUUGUCCAAAAAUAGUACAUUUAAAUGGGAUAUGUGUGCACCUCAUGCAAUUUUAUUGUCCCUUGGCGGAGGUGUUAUAAGUUAUAAAAGUUUAUGUGAACUGGCACAGAUUAACUUGUCAAGUCACAAAAAGUUUGUUGAAUGUCAGAUUAUUUAUAGUAGGGAAGACAAUUCUGAAAAUCUUGGUCCAAAAAAUUGGUGCAAUAGUGACGGCAUUGUUGCCUACAGAUCAAUUGAAGCUUUACAAAGACUUGUUAGUGCAGUAAAAACCUGCUAGUCUUUUUGUUAUUGUCUUAAUGUCUUUAUCCUGCCAUUUUGAUACAUAAUGUUUUUGCAGAGCGAAACUUACACCAAAAAUUUUGUAUUUUUAAUAUAUUUUGUAGAUAUGUAGUUAAUUUAAGUCAGCAUUACAGAAACAUUUGCAUCCAUGUGUUUAAAAGAAUAUUCUGUUUAGGUUUUUGACCAGGUUACAAGAUGUGCAAAACCAGCUUUUAGAAUGGUUAUGUUGUGUGGGCAAGAGGGAAGAAUUUGGUACCUAUUAUAUGUAACCAACACCUUUUAUGGUUUAAAGCCAUUACAUGACAUGCAUUGUUAGGAUGAAAACAAAUGGGGACUACCAGGAUAAAGGCUGGAAAAUUUGAACUGCCACUGGAAAACAAGGGCAUGUUGGAUAGGGGCAGAAAUUUGGCCUUUUAAAAGGCCACUAACUCACCACUUGUAGAUUUUUACAUGGAUUCUGUAAUGUUCAGAGACCAGGACAAUAUCCCUACAUGGGUCAUUGGAUCUAUCAGUCCCAUUCUGACAAGAUAUGGCUAUAUAUGUAUACAUCCUAAACAGCCCAAAGGUAUCCCUUUUGGAGGAGUAAUACCCCUCAGGAGGAGAAUUUAGAACUGAUUUCUUUACCUCAGGGUUCACUGAAAGCCAAUGCCUGUCCCAAGUCAGGAACCUCUGGCCUUUGUUAGUCUUGUAUGUUUUUUUAAUUUUGGUUUAUUUAUAUGUUUGGGAGUUUAAGUGUGACGUCCAUUUUUCGCUGAACUAGUAUACAUUAUUGUUUAGGGCCAGCUGAAGCCCGUCUCAGGGUGCAGGAUUUCUCGCUGUGUUUAAGACCCAUUGGUGGCCUUUGGCUGUUUUCUGCUCUUUGGUCUGGUUGUUGUCUAUUUGAUGCAUUCCCCGUUUCCAUUCUCAAUUUUAAACAUAUAUAAUUGUGCAACAUUUACUAUAGUACAGAAUUUUUUGGGGAUUUUUUUCUCAUUCUUCCAGACUUGGGAACGUAGUCAUUGUUUCAGCAUAUAAUUUGGUUUGCAAAUGCAUCUGACCAUGUGUCAUAAGAUGAUGAUCACAUGAACUGUAUUUCAUGGUUAAGUGGCUUUAAUAAAGUUUUUUAGCUUCAUUAGUUAAAUUCAAUAUUCACCUGAGUUCAGUCUUCAUAAUUUAAGCAAGGUUAAAUUAUUAAACUUUGUUUAAGGAUACAUUUAGGGGAGUAUGGAAAAAACUCCCAUUUAUUAAAAAUAGGCCACUUUGACCUACAUUUUACAUUAUUGACUUGUUUAACCCAUAACAUGCAUUUGCAAAAAAGUAUAGUUUUUGAUAUUUUCUAGAAUAUUAUUUGGCAAAAGUAAAACAAAUACUAUAUAUUUAUAUUCAAUCCAAAACAAUGAAUGACAUGGUUUUUAAAAAUAAAAAUUCAAACUUAUUGAUUGAAAAUUUAUUAUUUUUGCAUUUGAUAAGACAUAAUACAUCAUUUUUAGCUCACCGGGGCCCAAAGGGCCCCAUGUGAGCUUAUGCCAUCACUUGGCUUCCGUCGUCGUCUGUCGUCGUAAACUAUUUCAAAAAUCUUCUCCUCUGAAACUACUGGGCCAAAUACCUUCAAACUUUAACUAAAUGUUCCUUAGGGUAUCUAGUUUAUAAAUUGUAUUCGAAGUUUUGAUCCAUCGACAAACAUGGCCGCCAUGGCUAAAAAUAGAUCAUAGGGGUCAAAUGCAGUUUUUGGCUUAUAUCUCAAAAACUAAAGCUUUUAGAGCAAAUCUGACAUGGGGUAAAAUUGUUCAGUUGGUCAAGAUCUAUCAGCUCUGAAAUUUUCAGACGAAUCAAACAACCAAUUGUUGGGUUGCUUCCACCGAAUUGGUAGUUUUAACAAAAUUUUGCAGUUUUUGUUAUUAUUUUGAAUAUUAUUAUAGAUAUAUAUAAACUGUAAGCAGCAAUAAUGUUCAGCAAAGAAAGAUCUACAAAAAGUUAAUAUGACAAUGAUUGUCAAUUAACCCCUUAAGGAGUUAUUGCCCUUUAAAGACAAUUUUAAACAAUUUGUUCAUCAAGUUUGCUAACAUUUAACAAUCUUCACCUCUGAAACUACUGGGCCAAUUACCUUCAAACUUUAACUAAAUGUUCCUUAGGGUAUCUUGUUUAUAAAUUGUAUCUGAAGUUUGUAUCCAUCGACAAACAUGGCCGCCAUGGCUAAAAAUAGAACAAAAGGGUCAAAUGCAGUUUUUGGCUUAUAUCUCAAAAACUAAAUCUUUUAGAGCAAAUGUGACAGGGGUAAAAUUGUUUAGUUGGUCAAGAUCGAUCAGCUCUGAAAUUUUCAGACGAAUCGAACAACCCAUUGUUGGGUUGCUGCCACCGAAUUGGUAGUUUUAACAAAAUUUUGCAGUUUUUUGUUAUUAUUUUGAAUAUUAUUAUAGAUAUAUAUAAACUGUAAGCAGCAAUAAUGUUCAGCAAAGUAAGAUCUACAAAAAAGUUAAAAUGACCAAAAUAGUCAAUUGACCCCUUAAGGAGUUAUUGCCCUUUAAAGACAAUUUUGCACAAUUUGUUCAUCAAGUUUGCUAACAUUUAACAAUCUUCUCCUCUGAAAUGCAGGUGAGCGAUUCAGGCUCUUGAGAGCCUCUUGUUAUAUACAUGUACUGAGUUUCCUGGUUAACCAAUACAUCUAUAAACUGCUAUAUUAAUUAUUCAUAGGUUCAUAUUACUUUUCAUUAUCUUUCACAACACCAAAUAGAGGACUCACUCUGACUUGGUGAAGUCAAGAAUUAAAAUAUAUUAUUGUUACUUUGUUAAAAAAAAUUGAAUAUUGUAAUCAUAAUACUUAUUUUGUUAUUUCUGUAUUGUUUAUUUAUUCCUUGAAUUUCAAUGUAUUAUGAGUACUGGAUAAAAGGAUACCUUACUUGGUAUAUGUUCACCUGUUAAUUUUAUACUUAAAUGGCUUCACUUAACAGCAUUUGUGUCACUUAACAGCAUUUGUGUCACUUAACAGCAUUUGUGUCAGAUCUAUUGUAAAUUAACUUCUGUUUGCCACCAUGUAUUUUAAACAUUCAGAAACAUAUCAUGUACGUUUGUAGUUCAUGUUGAGUUAUUCUCCUUGUUUUGGAUCUAGUCUUGAAAAGUAUUUUUUUGAUGAAAAUAUUAAGAAAUGAAAAAUUGAUUGCAGAAGUAUUAAGAAAUAAUUCACAUGUUUGUUAUACAAAGAUACAUAUGAUCAUAAAAAGCUAUAUAUCUACUAUUUUCAAUAAUUUUAUAAAAUUUCAUCAUGUCUGUGUUCCGGACCAUAUGAGUAUUUGGACCAUAUGCAUAUGGUCAUGACCAUAUGUGUAUACUCAUAUGGUCCGACCAUACGCGUAUGGUUGGACCAUUUGAGUAUAUACUCGUUUUGAUAUUAACGAACCAGACUAUAUGAGUAUUUAGACCAUAUAGGUAUUUUUCGAAUAUAUUCUAAAUGGACUUUUUUCUUCUUUCCCCGGUAUUUAGAUAAUUUGAUUUUUUAAAUUCUUCUAAACUUUACCUAUUUUCACUUAAUUGAUGUGUUUUUGUUCCUAUUUAUAUGAUCUUACAAUAACAGUAAUUCAUACAAAGUCCAAAACACUUUUUGUUUUAAACAAAUUAUAAAAUGAUACUUGAGGCAGUCCCAAUAUUCAGUCUUGAAAUGAUUGCAACUAUUACUUUUUUAGAAUGUAUGAUUUUGAUUUGUAUAUAAUAUCUAUUUACUACAUGCACUCUGUAACUGUUUUAUAUGUUCUAAUGGUACAUGUACACUGAACUAUCAUGACUAUACGAUUGUGAACUGACUAUGUGUUAAUAUGUUGUAUGUUUGCUUUUUUUCUCUUAUUAUUAUUUUUUUACUUGUAUUGUAUAUGAUGGCCUCAGGGAAGAUUAGUAAUUGUAACUAACUGUGUUUACCCUCUUUAAAUAAAGAAUUUAUUAUUAUUAUUAUACAUAAAAACAUAUAGGGACAGCACGUUUAAACUACUACAUGUAUGAUUGUAUUAAUAGGAGCAUGAACACAUUAAAGAUCAUUAAAUAACUAAAAAUAAUUUGAGAUAUUAAUAAAAAUAUUUACUGAAAUCAAAUUAAAACAUCAAAAUAAAGGGGAAAAAAGGUGGGGGUGCAAUGCCCUAAGUACCUGUAAGUUAAACAGUUGACUUUUUGUUAAACGGUACAUUUAAAUAUUUCUUGAAGUUAUAUUCCAAAGUCAAAAUCGUCACAUAUUGUGUUUCAUAAGGACAAGUCAAAAAUGACCAUGUAAAAAUGCUUUAACUUAAAUUUCAAUUUGAGAAAAAAUAAUUUUAUUUCAUUAAUCAUGUAACAAUGGUUUAAAAAUAUUUACUGAAAUCAAAUUAAAACAUCAAAAUAAAGGGGAAAAAAGGUGGGGGUGCAAUGCCCUAAGUACCUGUAAGUUAAACAGUUGACUUCUUGUUAAACGGUACAUUUAAAUAUUUCUUGAAGUUAUAUUCCAAAGUCAAAAUCGUCACAUAGUGUGUUUCAUAAGGACAAGUCAAAAAUGACCAUGUAAAAAUGCUUUAACUUAAAUUUCAAUUUGAGAAAAACUAAUUUUAUUUCAUUAAUCAUGUAACAAUGGUUGCCAUAUGAUGUAAUAAGUCACAGUUAAAAACUCUUACCGGUAAUUAAUGACACCUUGAAGGUUCGUACUUAAGGCAACGUCCAUCGUAUUAAACACCCAGACCAUACACAUAUGGUCGGACCAUAUGAGUAUAUACACAUAUGGUCAUGACCAUAAGCGUAUGGUCCAAAUACUCAUUUGGUCCGGAACAUAUGCAUUAAAUUGAUCUGUGCUCGUGAUAAUCAAUUGAAAAGGCAUGCUUUCUGAAAACUAAUGUACAGUAGUCUUCAAACUUUAAAAUAUACUUAUUAUCAUAUGACAGCUCAAUCAAAAUGUUUAUAUAAACUUAUGUAGAUAUCAAGACUUACCACUUACAAUAUUUAAGCUGUUUGGGAGAACAGUCAAUAAGUCACAUCCUCUACAGGAUAACUGAUAACAUUUCUUUAAAAGGGUAAGAUCAAUGAUCAUAACAAGUGCUAAGAAACAAAAGCAGACAAAACUGUACAAUUUCCAUAAUCAUAUUACUUUAUAUAUUCAAAAAAAAUUGUUUGUAUUAAGUAUGAUUUGUAAAACUAAAUUUUUAUACGACCGCAAAAAAAUUUUGUGGUCGUAUAUUGGUAUGACGUUGUCGUCGUCGUUGUCGUCGUCCGAAGACACAUUGGUUUUCGCACUCUAACUUUAGUUUAAGUGAAUGGAUCGCUAUGAAAUUUUACCAUAAGGUUCAAUACCACAAAAGGAAGGUGGGGAUUGAUUUUGGGGGUUAUGGUACCAACAGUUAAGGAAUUAGGGGCCAAAAAGGGGCCAAAAAUAAGCAUUUUUGUAACUUCCAGACAUAACUUGUGUGUUAGUGUAUGGAUCUCUCUGACAUUGUACCACAAGGUUCCAUAUCACAAAGGGAAUGCUGGGAUUGAUUUUGGGGGUAAUUGCCUCCAAAUUUUAGGAAUUAGGGGCCAAAAAGGGGCAAAAAACAAGCAUUUUUCUAGUUUCAUGACAAUAACUUGUGUGUAAGUGUAUGGAUCUCUCUGACAUUGUACCACAAGGUUCCAUACCACAAAGGGAAUGCUGGGAUUGAUUUUGGGGGUAAUUGCCUCCAAAUUUUAGGAAUUAGGGGCCAAAAAGGGGCAAAAAACAAGCAUUUUUCUAGUUUCAUGACAAUAACUUGUGUGUAAGUGUAUGGAUCUUUAUGAAAUUGUACUACAAGGUUCCAUAUCACAAAGGGAAAGCUGGAAUUGAGUUUGGGGGUAAUUGCCCAAAACGUUUAGGAAUAAGGAGCCAAAAAGGGGCCAAAAUAAGCAUUUUUCUAGUUUCCAGACAAUUACUUGUGUUCAAGUGUAUGGAUCUCUCUGAAAUUGUACUGCAAGGUACCAUACCACAAAGGGAAGGCUGGGAUUGAUUUUGGGGGUAAUUGCCUCAAGAUUUUAGGAAUUAGGGGCCAUAAAGGGACAAAAAAACUAGCAUUUUUCUAGUUUCCAGACAAUUACUUGUGUUAAAGUGUAUGGAUCUCUCUGAAAUUGUACUGCAAGGUACCAUACCACAAAGGGAAGGCUGGGAUUGAGUUUUGGGGGUGAUGAAUCAUAAGGGGGUUAAAAAUAUUUGGGAGGGGGGGGGGUGUUUCUUUAAAAUUUUCCUUUUUAAAUUGGUUAAUUCUGAUUUAUAUAUAAAAGCAAACAAUAAUGAUAUGGUUUGAAUAGGUAAAUGAAAAAUUUUUAAGUUCUUAGACCACAUUCAUUCUGUGUCAGAAACCUAUACAGUGCCAAUAUUUAAUUACAAUCUAAAUUCAGUGCUGUAUCAAGCUUGAAUGUUGUGUCCAUACUUGCCCCAACUGUUCAGGGUUCGACCUCUGCGGUCGUAUCAAGCUGCGCCCCAGCGGAGCAUUUUAUUAUUUUUAUAAAUAUGAAUUCAUUGGGUAAUUUCCCUGGUUAUCCUGUGACUAAAUCACAGGGAUACUCGGCCAACUGCUGUAGGUUGAGUAAUUUGUCAUAAUGGCAUAGAAAAGUGCAAUAAGGAUGUUUUAAGUUGGAAAAAAAAAGAAUUACUUCACUAAUAAUUUUUCUUGUUUGCAUUUGAAAAUAAUACAAUAAUGUCCUUAAAAAUAAUGUUUUUUAACCAUUUUAGCUUUUUUUGCAUAUUAUCUUGAAAAUAUAGUAGAUACAUGUAGACUAAAAUUGUGAAUAGCAAAAAUUAUCAGAAGACAUUCAAGAUUUACUAAAUACUGUAGCAUAAAGCCAUCAAUUUCUGGCAGGUGGGUGACUGAUGAGCAGACGACUUCAGCUGUUUUCAUGUGUUAACUUAUGAAGCUUUUAAUAUGUUGUUAUUGAUGACAAAAUAUAGGUCAAGUUUGAUAUUGAGGUGUUCUGGAGUUAUGAUCUUUGAUUGAUUGUAAAUGACACUUGAUGUCUUUCCUGUGCAAUAACUUAUAAACCAUUCAGUCAAUGAUUUUCACAUUUUGCUGUGUUGUUACUGAAGAUUACAAAUGGCAAUCAAGUUUGGUAUUGACAAUUUUCACUUUUGCAUUUCAGGAAUUAUAAUCUUUGAUUGGUGGCAAAAAAGUUGUUUCAAUGCAAUAAAUAAUGCAAUGAACAGUUCAACCAAUGUUUUUUACAUUGAAUAUUUUGUUACUGGUGAUAAGAUUUAGGUGAAGUUUAAUAUUGAUGAUGUCACUUUUGCACUUCAGGAGUUAUGGUCCUCUCAUUCAUUUGAAAAUGGUAAGUGUUAUUUCUGUGCAAUACUUCAAGAACUGAUUAACCUGUGCUUUUCAUAUUUUAAUAUGCUGUUACUGAUGACAGAAUCAAGGUCAAGCUUGAUAUUGAUGAUUUUCACUUUUACUAAUCAGGAGUUAUCGUCUUUAAUUGCUAUAACAAUGACACUGACUAAUAUAAAAACUCGUUAUAUUGGCAACAUCUUUUUUCUUACUAUUUUAUUAUAAAUUAUUACAGAUAGAAAGAAACAGCAAGUAGUAUAAAUUAUUUGCAAUACAGAAUCCACAAAAAUGUCAAUAAUACUGAAACAUACAAUUGACUCCUUUUUAGCUCACCUGGCCAAAAGGGAAAAGGAGCUUUUCUCAUCACUUGUCGUCCGUCGUCCUCCGUUAACUUUUACAAAAAUCUUUUCCUCUGAAACUACUGAACCAGAUUCAACCAAACUUAGCCACAAUCAUCAUUGGGGUAUCUUGUUUAAAAUAUGUGUCCUAUGACCCAACCUGCCAACCAAGAUGGCCGACAUGAUUAAUAAUAGAACAUAGGGGUAAAAUGCAAGUUUUGUCUUUUAUUUUGAAAACUGUUACAAAUAGAGAAAAUCUGACUGGAGCAGAAAUGUUCAGAAUGUGAGCUCUACCAAUUGUCCAUAAACAUCAAAACUGUCAAUACGGCUUUAGGGUCACGGACUUUGUUUUUACGGUAUACAUCAUUCAAGGUGGUGUUCUAUGUGAAAAAGUACCACAAAACGUCGAAAUAAUCGUAACGGGAUCGCAUUGCAGGUCAUUAAACGUAAAUUUUUGAUGUUUUUCACUACCAACUAGAUGGUGAAAGAUUGAUUAUUAGACAAAAAACGAAGUCGGUGACCAUAUGAUUAUUUGAUAUCAGUAAAGCGGAAGUUUAUGUAUCAAUAACAGCCCAUUUACUGUUCCUUGACCUUAAAAUGAGGAUUUUUUUUUACUUUCUUAUGUGUUUUGAGCAAAAACUAAAGAAGAUAGAGAGAAACUAAACAGACUAAAUGAUCAGCAAUUCAAGAUCAACAAACAAAGAUUUUUGUCAUGACUUCUAUUCUCAUCUACUAUGUUGGAGAGUGUCCUUUGUUGAAUAUGCACAUAGACCAAGGUGAGCGACACAGGCUCUUUAGAGUCUCUAGUUUGAGUUGUCUUUUAAAACAAAUUUAUAUUAAUAAUUUUGUUGUUUUCUUAUUUUUACAUUAACAAUUAUUGUGAUUCUGGCACAGAUAAAAACAUUAACUUCUUGACCUUUGUUUUACCUAAAGGCACUCUAAAAGAUGUAUAUUUGAAAAUAAAUAAUGUGUCUCUAAAAAAUACUUUAGGUCAAGAAAAAAGUGAAAGUUAAUAUAUAGCAUGUUGAUAAGAUAAAAACAAUUUAUUUUGUGUUAGCAAAAAUAGUUAAGGUUUAUAUAGUAUAUAUAUGAUGUUAUUUAUUGAAGAUAAAAUUUUACUUUUGUUCAUUUUCCUUGAUAAUUUAAUAUUUUAUAUUGUAUAUCUGUUUAUUUCUGUUAAAAUUUUUUCUAAUAAAUGUAAUGUGAAAAUUG